UCUUUUCGCAAUAUAACGAAAAUAGUGCCGUGAUAAUUCGCAGAAAAUUAAAUAAAAUUGGAACAUCCUACCGCCACACUAUUAUUUCCUACGCUAAAGUUGUUGUAGUUUCGUGUCCGUCUGGAGGAAACGGUACUUUUCCACGAAUAAAGUUGGUUUGGCAACAUGACGAAAACUCGCUUCAAUACGUACGACGUGGUUUGCUCGGUGACUGAGCUUCAAAGGCUCGUCGGCAUGCGAGUGAACCAAAUAUAUGACAUCGAUAAUAAGACCUAUCUGAUCCGGUUGGUACGGAAUGAGGAAAAAAUAGUCUUGCUGCUAGAGUCGGGCAACCGAUUUCACAUGACUGCCUUUGAGUGGCCUAAGAACGUCGCUCCGUCUGGGUUUACGAUGAAAUUACGUAAACAUCUGAAAAACAAACGCUUGGAAAGCAUGCGGCAGCUCGGUGUGGACCGUAUUGUAGACUUUCAGUUCGGUACGGGAGAAGCUGGCUAUCACAUCAUACUGGAGCUCUACGAUCGAGGUAAUAUUUUGCUGACCGAUUGUGAUCUCAAAAUAUUGAACAUUUUGCGACCGCACGUUGAGGGCGAAGAACUGCGCUUCGCGGUACGAGAACGAUAUCCGACUGAUCGAGCCAAAGCGGAUAGCGGACCACCACCGAUGGAGAAAGUCAGGGAAGCCAUCGCUAAAGCGCAUCCUGGGGACAGCAUGAGAACGGUUUUGAAUCCCAUCUUGGAAUAUGGAGCCUCGGUUAUUGAUCACGUGCUGCACAAACAUAAUCUUUUCGGAUGCCGGAUUGGAGGAGAGGCAGCGAGUGAUACGGCAGGUGAGCAGGUGAGCAAGAAAAACAAACGAAAGCAGAAAGCAGCUGCAAAAGAAUUUUCAAAGGUUUUUAACAUGGAAGAAGAUAUGACCGCGCUGAUGUGCGCGAUUAACGAUGCAGAAACCAUGCUGCGAACAGCUAUGCAGCAGCCUUCUAAAGGAUUUAUAAUCCAAAAAAGGGAAUUGAAACCGGCUAAGGAAGGUGAACCGGAAGAAUACUAUUUCACAAACUUAGAAUAUCAUCCCUAUUUGUACAAUCAGUAUAAGGACGAUCCGAUCAAGGAGUUUGACAGCUUCACUGCUUCCGUUGAUGAGUUCUAUUCUACGCUGGAGGGUCAGAAAAUCGAUUUAAAGGCGUUUGCUCAAGAGCGAGAAGCCCUUAAGAAACUGUCGAAUGUUAAAACUGAUCACGCUAAGCGACUCGAGGAGUUAUCCAAGGUGCAGUUGGAGGACAGAAAGCGAGCUGAGCUAAUAACGAGAAAUCAAAAUCUAGUUGAUAGUGCUUUGCUGGCGGUCCAGAGCGCACUGGCGGCCCAAAUGUCUUGGACGGACAUCCAAGAUCUGGUCAAGGCGGCACAGGCAAAUAACGAUCCGGUUGCCGCGUGCAUCAAACAACUCAAGUUGGAAAUCAAUCAUAUCUCGCUGCUCUUAAAAGAUCCAUAUGCUAUACUGGAUGAGGAGGACGAAGAUGAGGAUAGCCGGGAAGAUGACGAAGAAAAAUUGCAACCGAUGGUGGUGGAUGUCGAUUUGGCUUUGACGGCUUUUGCCAACGCUCGUCGGUACUAUGACCAGCGCCGAUUCGCCGCCCGUAAGGAGCAAAAAACAAUCGAAUCCUCUUCGAAGGCUUUGAAAAAUGCCGAGAAAAAGACAAUCCAAACGUUGAAAGACGUGCGUACGCAAACUACUAUUACCAAGGCAAGAAAGGUGUAUUGGUUUGAAAAAUUUUAUUGGUUUAUUAGUUCGGAAAACUAUUUGGUUAUUGGGGGUCGAGACCAGCAGCAAAAUGAGCUGAUUGUGAAACGUUAUAUGAGAGCAACUGAUAUCUAUGUGCACGCGGAGAUUCAGGGAGCCUCGAGCGUUGUAAUAAAAAACCCGUCUGGAGAAGAAAUUCCCCCGAAAACACUACUCGAGGCAGGAACGAUGGCUAUUUCCUAUAGCGUUGCUUGGGACGCUAAGGUGGUCACCAGUGCUUACUGGGUGAGGAGUGAUCAGGUCAGCAAGACGGCUCCGACAGGAGAAUAUCUGACAACUGGAAGCUUCAUGAUUCGAGGAAAGAAAAAUUUUCUACCGCCUUGCCAUUUAGUACUGGGAUUAAGUUUUAUGUUCAAAUUAGAGGAGAGUUCUGUGGAACGGCAUAAAGGAGAAAGGAGAGUGCGAAACUUUGACGACGAGUCAGUCAUAAGUAAAGAUGAUAGAUCAGAGAUCUCCGAAACUGUUGAUGAGGAGGUUCAACUUGAGGAAGGAGAUUCUGAUAGUGAAGAAACAGCGGGAAAGCAAGUUGUAGACAAAACGGAAGAGUGUGAUGAAAUUCAUGAAAAGGUAGAGUCACUGUCCGUGGCAGAUAUAAAGGAAGAAGACCCAAGUGACGGUGAGCAUAAAUCAGAAUCGGAGAGUGACGACACCGACACGCCCAAAUUUCCCGAUACACAUGUGAUGGUUGAACACGACACAGGAAAAGUGUCGGUUCAGUCUGACCCUGUACUACAGCGUCUCACGUCGCAACCGGAUCCAGAAUCCGUAAUCUUUCUCGGGGAUAACAAACCGUACAUCAUAACUCCCGCUCCGCCGCGUAAAAAGCAAGUUCAGAAGAGCAAACAAAAAGCUAAGGAAAAGGAGAAGGCCCGCGAAGAAGCCGCUGCCGCUCGCAGCCAACAAAAAGAUGAAUCACAAAAAACGGGUCAACUGAAGCGAGGCCAGCGAAAUAAGAUGCGAAAGAUUAAAGAAAAGUAUAAGGACCAGGACGAAGAAGAGCGCAAACUGAUGAUGGACAUCCUGAAAUCGGCCGGUAGUAACAAAAAUAAUAAGAAAGAAGAGCCGUCAGCAGACGACCAGAAAAAGUUCCCGGGCAAAAAGCCAGCGCCUAAGCCUAAAGUCGGAGAAGUCGAUGAGCUGGGUGAUGACACUCCAGCAGCCGCAGAUGUUGACAUGCUCGAUUCGCUAACCGGACAACCGAUGGAAGAGGACGAGCUGUUGUUCGCCGUUCCGGUUAUUGCGCCAUACCAAUCGCUACAGAACUAUAAGUUCAAAGUUAAACUUACACCCGGCACGGGAAAACGUGGCAAGGCCAGCAAGACAGCUUUGCAAAUCUUCCUUAAGGACAAACAGUGCAGCAACCGGGAGAAGGACCUGCUGAAGGCAGUCAAGGAUGAAGUACUGGCUAGAAAUAUUCCUGGCAAAGUAAAACUAUCCGCACCGCAGUUGCAGAAGGUUAGAAAAUAGACUCGAGCGCUGCAUACUGUUGCGGUUUGAGUUUUGAGGAAACUUUCAAUUGAAAAUAUGUUGUCGAUUAAAUUAUAAGUGAUAAUAAAAUCAAAUUUCCGUUGAGUAUAAAUAUGCUCAGGGUUUGAUUUCUUGAUUGCGAAAUAGCUUACAACAUUGGUUAAAAGCAGAAGCAGAGUGGGAGCUCUAUAGCAUCAGCUGACAUCUCAAGUUUCAUCACUUUUUUAAUGAUUAGAUAAGACAUGCUGCGAACGUAGAACAAGACGGUUAGAGGAAAGAUUUAUUAAGAUCUAUAAUAAUGCUUCCAGUUGAGACGCAAUGUAAGUUUGAGGUGAUUUACAAAAAAUAAUAAUCAGAGGUUGUGUACAAGACACGACCGCAUAUAGGUGACGCAGGACUACGUAAGUCUCUUUGUGGCGAUAGUAGCAUAUAUCCAUGCAUGUAAUAAUACGAUUCUUCAUGUAUACAUGCUACAUGCAGCAUAUAUAGAGUUUGUUAAGACUGCAGGUUGAGAAUAUUCAAUUAUUUUCGAAUGAAUGUUAAUUGCGCCUCAAACUUUACUUCAACAUCAAACACUAUUUAGUUAGAUAUAUAUGUAUUUAUGUAUUUGAUUUGAUGAUAUCCAAAAAUUGUUAUGUUAAAAUGGUAUGGUUGUGCUACAGGUUGAUAAAUCCAAAUUUUUGCAGGGCGAUAAUUUUUUACAGCGUGUUAUUCAUUCUCAUGAUUGAAAGCUACUAAAUAAGUGAAAG